AUGACAAGCACUACAUUAGCUAAUUACUCUUCUUUAUACAUCUUCUUACAGUAUGCGUCAGCUCUGAAGACAGCAGCAGAAGCAUUCCAAGAAGCCGAAACCUUAUUUAACGAUCCUGAAUAUGAUGAAAGAAUUGGUUGGAAAGCCGAUACGGAGAACGACGAGGGGAUUGUGGUCUACUCAAAGCACACACCCAAGGGUAAAAUGGUUACUGUCUCGGUGGGAUCUCUUAAUCUUUUUUUGUGUAAAACUCCAUUUAAGACUGAACUAGACCUUGACUUUGACUCUGUGAUGGAAGAAACAUGGACGGGAGUCAAAGGGCUAGCCAAAUGGAAUCCUAACAUUAAUUUUGCCAAAACGAUUGCUUCGCCUACUCCUCAUUUUGAUAUAAUCACCUAUGGCAAUAAUGACAUCCUGAUUGUAAGCGGUCGAGACUUUGUAUCUGCACGAAUAUACAGAAAAACGCCUAAUGGUUACAUAAUGGCAUCUCGUAGUGUGGAUCUGGCGGAUUAUCCUGAAAAGGAUGGUAAAGUACGGUAUGUUAUGUUUUCAAUGAUGUGUCUAUGCUGA